AUGUCUGAUCAACAAGCUGAGGCUUCCAACGGCGUCAACAGGCACUUCCUCUUCAUCUUCAAUUCUAUCUUUGAGCCCCGCCCGGUCCGCAUCUCGUCGCUGUACAGAUUCUUCUGGGAAUGCUGCCGCUCAAGGGCAGAUGGGCUAUAUUUCUGCUUUCAUCCAACCAGGCGAAUACUGCUCUCUCAUCCAAUAUGCAGAUUCUGUUUCCAUCAAAUUUGCCCUCGAUGCCGCAAGUUCGUUGUUCGAGACGAUGGGGACUUCGAAGACCAGCCAGGAAUAAUUGCACAACUCAGUAUGAACCAGAAUGCUCCAACACCCCGUAGUGAUUCAUGGUAUUGGGACUGGGAGCGUAUUGCACAUUCAGGAUGCUAG